AUGUCGGCCCUACGGAUGAGCUUCGCUCGUACCCGAGCGCCCUUUGUUCGAAGCAUUGGCGCUGGCGCCGGCGCCACGACGAGGUCGUUCCAGAGUUGUCGCGUGUUGGCUGCUGGGAAGGAGACUACGUUGCACAACGAAGGGCGUGCCGAGGAAGCGGAGGAGGAGAAGCAGAAGCAGUUGCAGAAGCAGAGGGAGGGCAAGGGACACUGGCAUGAGAGCUUGGCGAGUGAUAGUGAGAGUAUUAUCAAGGCGGACCGUAACGAUAUCAGCGGCAAGGAUAGCAUUGAGCAGCUCCAAAAGGAAACGGUCAAGUUGGCGGAGAAGGAGAGGAGCGAGUCAAAGUGA